ACAACGUUUACGGAAUCGGGAACGAGAAAAGAAAAGGUCGCAGCACUUUAUACCCGGCUCCCCGCCAUCGCUUACCCGGACCACUCAUGAAUAUGACAUCAGGCGGUCGGCGCUGACCCACGAUGUUGAUUUAUGCCUCAGUGAUCCAUCACCCGGCCCGGAUACCCGGACUUACAAACAGACCACUUUCCCCUGAUAGAACAACCGAUAAAGCCUUUUGCGAAACUCUUUCGAUUGACUAUGCAUGAAGUUGACAAACGCGGGUAACGCGUUCUAAUAAAUACGUCGGUUACCGGUUUCGAAAUUCAAAUUCGGAAAAGUUUCAGUUAUAAAUAAUAGAUGGCGUUGUAGCUAAAUAAAAAUGAGACGAAGACCGUUACCUCCCGUACGUGAAGAGGUUCCAAAUUCGAAAUCUUGGAGGAGUGUGUGUGAAAAUGAAUGGGUGGUGUACACUCUAGUCGCGUGUGUUGGCGGUUUAAGUUACGCGAAUAGUUUGAACGGGGAAUUCGUCCAUGAUGAUAUUCCGGCAAUAGUGUCGAAUAGGGAUGUGAACGGUGGUAAUUCUGUGGUGCAAGUGUUUAAAAAUGACUUUUGGGGGACGCCAAUGUCCGACCCUGGAAGUCAUAAGUCGUACAGGCCGCUUACUACGUUAUCGUUCAGAUUGAACUACGUCCUCUGCGGAUUUUCUCCGUGGUGGUGGCACGCUUGCAAUGUCGCGUUGCACGCAACAUGUUGCGCGCUAGUGGCCCGCACAGGCGCGCUAGUCGCGCGGCUACAGCGCCCAUUUGCAGCGCUAGCAGCACUGUUGUUUGCCGUACACCCUAUACAUACUGAAGCGGUGUCAGGCGUGGUCGGCCGAGCGGACGUAUUAGCUUGCCUCUUCUUUUUGUGCUCAUUGCUUCUUUAUCAUGGGUCAUCAGGCCGCCACCGCGUAUGGGCCAGCGUGGUUUUGGCGGCUCUCAGUAUGCUGGCCAAGGAGACUGGGCUGACUGUGCUGUUAUUUAAUAUAGCCUUUGACUUGUACCGCUGUUGGAGUCCAAUAUCAAGAUUAUCGUCAGUCAUAAGAUGUCGCUGGAGAGGCGACGGCGUGUGGGGCCGAGUAGCGCGCGUGCUAGCGGCGCUGGUCGUGUUAGUCGGCGUCAGACUAGCGCUGCUCCAGGGAUCGCUGCCAGCCUUCUCGCCACAGGACAACCCGCCUGCCUUUCACUCUUCAUUUAUUGUGAGGUUGCUGACCUUCUGUUACCUGGCCGCGUUCAACUGGUGGCUGCUCCUGUGCCCGUGCUGGCUGAGCCACGACUGGCAGAUGGGCUCCGUGCCGCUGGUCGCCGCCUGGGACCCUCGGAACCUGAUGACUUGCGCCGCCAUCUUGGCUUUGGUGGCGCUGUCGUAUCGGUGUCUCGUGGAUUUGGAGCUCCAACGCCACACGCCGGUGGUGGUGGGGCUGCUGUUGUUGGUGAUACCAUACCUGCCAGCUUCCAACUUGCUGGUCACCGUGGGGUUCGUCGUGGCUGAAAGAGUUCUUUAUAUACCCAGUAUCGGCUCAGUGAUCCUCACAGCGUACGGCAUGGAACUGUUGUGGCGGCGAGCGAAUUCAAGAUGGCUGCUGUUUUUGGUCGCAGCAACUUCGGUAGCCUCAGGAGUGGCCAGGACUCAUCUGAGGAACCGCGAUUGGAGGACCAGGGAGACUUUGCUAAGAGCGGACUUAGCAGUACUCCCUCACAACGCUAAACUCCACUACAACUUCGCCAAUUUCCUCAAAGACAUCGAACAACAAGAAAAUGCCAUCAAACAUUACAAAGAAGCAUUGAAAUUAUGGCCAAGCUACGCCAGCGCUCACAAUAAUCUAGGAACACUAGUUUCCGGCUGGAGUCGAGCUGAACAUCACUUUCUCCAGGCGCUGAAGUAUAACCGGGACCAUGUGAAUGCUCAUUACAACCUUGCUAAAUUGUACAGAAAAAAGAACCGCAACGCAGAAUCUCUAAAGAUGCUGGAGAGAUGUAUCACAUUGGAGCCGAGAUUCAUCCAGGCUUACUUAGAGAUUCUGCACCUCACUGACGGAGAGGAGAAGAGGGUGAUAUUAGACAAACUUGUGGAACUAGAGCCGGGGAAUUGGGAACAUUACCUUUUGUACGGGAACUGGUACAAAGAAAGAGGAUUACUCCCAUUAUCCUUAAGGUACUACACCACAGCCAUGCAGCUGUCUUUCAGCGGUACCUCACAGAACCACGAGCGAGGCAAGAUUUUGUCCACACGAGCCGCUUGUCUUGCUCAUCGGAGUAAUGGACAGACUGCCAGGGUGGUGCAAUUAGUUACCAGAUGGCAAGCGUCCGGCGGCGGGCAGCCGCAGUGGGCGCGCGCGCGCGCGGCGCGGGCGUGGCGCCUGCGCACCGAGCUGGCGGGCCGCGCCGCGCUCUACGCCCGGCCGCACGCGCACCACGCGCAGACAACGUCAACGUGUCUCCACCACAGCAAAUUAGAAAUAUCAUCCAGCGUCUACGUCAACGGCAAUCAAGACGCGAAAUCCGACACAAGGACACUAGUGGCGAAAACUGACGUGCCCCGUGACAAAGACACCGUUGUAGCUAGUGUUAACAAAAACCAUUGUGAAAACAAAGAUUUGAAAAAAAGUGUAUCAAUCUCCGCUCAAUACAAACCGACACACAAUAAAUCAGAUAUAGGACAUAAGCAGAAGAGUUGUCCUCUGCACAAUAAAAAGAAAAUUAAAGAACCUGAGACGUUUACGCCAUUCGUUUCUGACCAUUUGAUAAAGACUUAUUAGGAUAAGAUUAUAAUUUUAAGGCUAAAUUUUGGCAUAACAAUAUCGCUGUUGAUUUUAAAUUUUAUAAAUAACAAUGACCUAUUGAAAAUAAGAAAGGGUUCUUCAAAAAUACGUGAAACUGUCCCAACAUUUGCACGAAAAUUUUGGCAAUUGUCACUAUUUCCUUGAUGUGAACUGUAAUUUCAUUGCUUCAUGUUUCUUUUCACUAAAAUCGAUCUCGACUAUGAUUGACAAACAAUAUAAUUAUUGUUGACUGCAAUAUUGGUCAACUGUUAUUAUUUUCUAAUGAAAGGAAAGUAUGUACAGUAUAGUUAGUUGCUAAACAAAUUUGUGCCAUAAUAAGACUGCAUGCAUUGUUCAGUUUGUUAUAUGUCAUGAUAAUAAUAUAUACGAGUAAUUAUGUAAUUGUUGUUAAUUUGUUAUAAUCACGACCACUUCUAAUUCAGUUAUCAUAUAAUACUGUUAUUGUAUUACGAAGAAGUUUUUGUUUAAAUUGAUUUACUUCCUGAGCGUUUUUACAUAAAAUCUGUUGGGAGAUUAAUGAUAUAGUGUUUUCUAUACUUAAUCAUGUCUUAACGCAUUUUCUUCGUUAAAUUAUUUCGACAAAUAUGAAUAAUGUCAAUCUCAGCUUAAAUUUGAUGUUUAAAACUUGGUUUCAAUCGUAGAGUUUUCCUCCUGGCUUAAGUCCCGGUUGCAUCCUCACCACUCUGG